AUGGCCCUCCUCCAUCACUGGACCGUUGCAACAAGCCUCGAGCUAUCCAAGGGCGACGACAAACACGACUUCUGGCAGAUCAUGGUCCCACAGACGGGAUACGAGCACCCAUUCGUCAUGAAUGCUAUUCUAAGCUUGGCUGCGUUGCAUCGAGCAUAUCUCAUUCGACCAAACAGGCACCGUCACAUGGCAGACGCUGCCGUUCACCACACGAAUGCUCUAAGGGGGUUCCAAGAAGCCCUGAGCCAUGUGAGUGACGAGAACAGCGAGGCCUUGUUUAUCUGGUCAACUCUUAACCUGAUAUACGUGUUUGGCAUCUCAGGGCGGCUGAGUGACGGCCUGGAUCCUCACUCUAACUUUCCGAGUCGCAAAGACCCCGGUCGACUUGGAAAGUUUAUGACCGUCGGUAACUGGUGGGAGAUGGAUCCAGAUGCCAACCCCAAUCCCGAAGACCAGCAUCUCUGUGAUCUGCGGAGUUGUUGGGAUGGCGCUCCCGACGCACCAACCUACGAAGAGGCCUUAAGGAUACUCAGGAAGUGCAGGCUAUUCAUGGCCCGGUUCCUGGGCGACGGAAUCGAUCCGCUUGAAGAGGCUGGGUUCAGCCGGCUUUGGUCUGGGCCUUUGCUCUUCAUCAUAUUCGCUCCCCAAGCCUACUUGACUCUUUUACAUCAGAGGCAGCCUCCGGCACUGAUCCUGUUUGCCUUUUUCGGUGCGCUGCUACACGAACUGGAUGAUUACUGGUUCCUGGAGGGGUGGGGGAGGGACAUUAUCGAGGUUAUCGACGACCUGCUGGGGAGUUACUGGAGACCCUGGAUUGCAUGGCCUUCGAAGGUUACCGGCUUGUGCUAA